AUGUUUGGACGUCUAAAGAAGGUGAGCCUGGCGGCUCUCUCGUCGGUUAUCCUGUAUUGCAGCUACCACUACGCCAGAGUCCUGGGAGUGAUUUGCUUCGACAUUGGCGAAAGGAGCUCCGACAAGUCCUUGGUGGGUCGCCACCAGCACCGCUUCAAGUGGUUCUGCCUCAGUGUGCGACUAAUCUGCGCCACCUCGGUUUGCUGCUUCUGUGUUCCCCAGGUCUCGGAAAUCGAGGAUCUCUACGAGAUGUUCCUGCAAGGCUUCCGCCUUUCGGCCAGUGUCAGUGGCUCCAUUUGCAUCCUGGUGGUUCAGAUCGGCUACGAGAAGGAGGUGCUCCGGGUGAUCAACGGCUAUCUCCGGCUCUUUCGACGCGUUCGACUCCUGUCGACUUGCAAAAAAGUGGGAUUCGGAGGCAAGCGGGAGUUCUGCCUGUUGUUCUUCAAGUCAGUCUGCGUGGUCUACGAGCUGUACUGCGAGCUUUGGCAGCUCGGGAAUCUUCCCGACUUGAUGUGCUUCUUUACCGUGGUGGCUAACAUAAUCCUGGAGAUCGGCUCCCUGAUGAUCAUCCACAUCGGGUUCUUUGGCUUCCUCAGCGUGGGCACUCUGUACUCCGAAAUGAAUAGGAUUGUGCGAACUGAGCUUCGACGGCAGCUCAGAUCCCUGGAGCGUCCUGGUGGAGGUCCUGUGAGUCGCCGCCAGCUGAGGAUCGUUGAGAACCGCCUGGAUGAAGGCAUUUCAAUUUACGACGAGAUAGAGCGAGUGGGUCGCUCCUUUCACCGCCUGUUCGAGCUGCCCCUCCUGGUAAUUCUAACUGGAAAGAUAUUCGCCACAGCAGUCCUCUCCUACGAGGUGAUCAUUCGAGCGGAGCUCUAUCCCAGCAAGGCGGGCAUGUGGGGUCUGGUGGUCAAGAGUUUCGCCGAUGUCAUCCUCCUCACCCUGGCGGUUCACGUUGCGGUCACCAGUUCCCGAGUGGUUCGUCGUUUGAGCUUGGAGAACUGUCCAAUCAGUGAUUACAAGGGGUGGCACAUGAAGUGGGAAAUGUUCCUAAGUCGCCUGAAUGUCUUUGAACUUCGUGUGAGGCCCUUGGGACUAUUCGAGGUCUCCAAUGAAGUCAUCUUGCUCUGUUUGUCCGGGAUGAUCACCUAUUUUACCUACGUCGUGCAGUACGGCAUUCAAACCAAUCGAUUGUAA